GGAUGCCGCGGGGAGCCGCGGUACCUUGUGGGAGAGCAGAAGAAUGGCGGCGCCCGUAAGGCGGACUCUGUUAGAGGCGGCGAAGGGCUGGCGGCGGUUCGAGGGGCACUGGGCCGGUAGCCUUGGCUCUCGCAGCCUAGCCCUUGCGGCCGCACCCUUGAGCAGCGGGUCUCCAUGGCGCUUGGUGGGCGCGUUGUGCCUGCAGCGGCCACCGUUGGUCUCGAAGCCGCUGACCCCAUUGCAGGAAGAGAUGGCGGCUCUGCUACAGCAGAUUGAGGUAGAGAGAAGUAUGUAUUCAGACCAUGAGCUUCGUGCUUUGGAUGAAGCCCAGCGACUGGCAAAGAGGAAAGCUGACUUGUAUGAUGAAGAAGCAGAUGAACAGAAUGUACUGUUGGUGCAGGAUUUGGAAGAUGUAUGGGAGCAGAAAUUCCUACAGUUCAAACCUGGAGCUCGCAUAACAGAAGCUGAUGAAAAGAACGACAGAACCUCGCUGCACCGGAAGCUAGACAGGAACCUUGUUCUAUUGGUCAAAGAGAAGCUUGGAGACAAGGAUGUGUGGCUACUUCCCCAGGCCGAGUGGCAGCCUGGGGAGACCCUCCGAGGAACAGCUGAGCGAACCCUGGCCACACUGUCAGAAAAAAAAGUGGAAGCCAAGUUCCUGGGAAAUGCCCCCUGUGGCCACUACAAGUUCAAGUUCCCUCAGGCAAUGCGGACCGAGAGUAGCCUCGGGGCCAGAGUAUUCUUCUUCAAAGCACUGCUCCUAACCAGAGGAGACUUCUCCCAGGCCUGGAAGAAGGGCCAGCAUGUCUGGGUCUGUAAGGAAGAGCUGGGCGACUAUUUGAAACCGAAGUACCUGGCCCAGGUUAGGAGAUUUCUCUUGGACCUCUGACGAACAGUGCUGCUGUGGACAGUGCUCAAACAGGCCUGCGACCAGGGCCUCAAGGACACUAUGUGCUGGCUCCGUCUUUGCAGGGAACAUCGUGCAACCAACUCAGAAAUAAACGAGUUUAUUCUUG